AUGAUCUAUGCGACCUUAUUGUACCUCUCAGACAAGCCCAACUAUCCUCUUCUCAGGACACUGCUGGACUCCCUUCAGCAAGACCUGCGCUUCUUUAUUGAUCCUCCAGAUGGCAGUAAAGAUCAUCCGGCCACAAGCUGCCUGGAGCUGAUGAUCAGUUUUCCAAACCUAACCAGUGGAAUGUAUUAUAUCGACCCCAAUCAGGGCAGUUCUGCUGAUGCUUUAUGGGUUUAUUGUAACCUCAGUGAAGGACAGACAUGUUUGUCUCCUCUGCAGCCACAGAUGCCUAUGAGAUCCUGGCUCAAAGACGGCACAUCAGACUCUUUCACAUGGUUGAGUACUAUAGAUGGCGGCUUUCAGUUUGAUUACACAGAGACCAGUGUGGUGCAAAUGCGAUUCCUCCGACUGAACAGCAGGAUCGUGAAGCAGAACAUCACAUUUUCAUGCCAGUCAACAGCCACCAGGGUUUCAAUGAAGAGACAUAAAGUUCCUCGCCGACUCGAGAAGACAGAGCUUCUUGGGAACAUUACUGGAUUGUGA